AGUAAGGAGGACAUGUUUGCCAAGCUGAAGGAGAAAUUCUUCAAUGAAAUCCAGAAGAUCCCCUUACCACCCUGGGCACUGAUUGCUAUUGCUGUGGUCGCUGGCCUCCUGCUCCUCACCUGCUGCUUCUGUAUCUGUAAGAAGUGCUGCUGUAAGAAGAAGAAGAACAAGAAGGAGAAGGGCAAGGGCAUGAAGAAUGCCAUGAAUAUGAAGGACAUGAAAGGGGGUCAGGAUGAUGACGAUGCAGAGACAGGCCUGACUGAGGGAGAAGGUGAAGGAGAGGAGGAGAAAGAGCCGGAGAAUCUGGGAAAACUGCAGUUUUCCCUGGAUUAUGAUUUCCAGGCCAACCAGCUUACCGUCGGUGUUCUGCAGGCUGCUGAAUUGCCUGCCCUGGACAUGGGAGGCACCUCAGACCCAUAUGUCAAAGUCUUCCUUCUUCCAGACAAAAAGAAGAAAUAUGAGACCAAAGUCCAUCGGAAGACAUUGAACCCUGCCUUCAAUGAAACCUUCACCUUCAAGGUACCAUACCAGGAGCUAGGAGGCAAAACCCUGGUGAUGGCCAUCUAUGACUUUGACCGCUUCUCCAAACAUGACAUCAUUGGUGAGGUGAAGGUGCCUAUGAACACCGUGGACCUUGGCCAGCCCAUCGAGGAGUGGAGAGACUUGCAGGGCGGGGAGAAGGAAGAGCCAGAGAAGCUGGGCGACAUCUGCACCUCCCUGCGCUACGUGCCCACAGCUGGGAAACUCACUGUCUGUAUCCUGGAGGCCAAGAACCUGAAGAAGAUGGACGUAGGUGGCCUUUCAGACCCCUACGUGAAGAUCCACCUGAUGCAGAAUGGCAAGAGGCUCAAGAAGAAGAAGACAACGGUGAAGAAGAAGACCCUGAACCCCUACUUCAACGAGUCCUUCAGCUUUGAGAUCCCCUUUGAGCAGAUUCAGAAAGUCCAGGUGGUGGUCACCGUGCUGGACUACGACAAGCUGGGCAAGAACGAAGCCAUCGGCAAGAUCUUCGUGGGCAGCAACGCCACGGGCACGGAGCUGCGGCACUGGUCUGACAUGCUGGCCAACCCCCGGCGGCCCAUCGCCCAGUGGCACUCGCUCAAGCCCGAGGAGGAGGUGGACGCGCUCCUGGGCAAGAACAAGCAACCAUACAUAGCUGUGUUUCUGCAGAAUCAGUUUGGGAUGACUUUGCUGGCCCAGGGCUUCAGCGAGAGAGAAGAGAAGGGUUGCCUCAGUCCCUCCUGUGGGUAAACCAGCUCCCUGAUACCCUGCCUCCCUGCAGUGGGGUGGUGGUGGGUAAGCAGAGAGGUUAAGAAACCUCCCCUGGAGUUGGAAGUGAGAGAGUCCAUGUUCCUUUCAUGUAUGCUAACUCUUGAUCUCACUCAACCACAUACAGAGCGAGGCUGUCCUUUGGUGUCCCUCCCCGUAAAGGUAGGAAGAGAACGAGCCAGGACCUGCCCUUCCACCCUCCACUCCCCCCCUCCCCACCUCAGGCUGAUCGGGGGCCCUGUCUCAGAGCCCUGGGUGGAGGCAGGCAGGUCUCCCAGGCCCAGAGCCCCAUGACAUGGUUGUCAGAUUUGGCAAAUAAAAUACAAGAAAACCCAGUUAAAUUUGAAUUUUGGAUAAACAAUAAAUAAUUUUAAAGUCUAAGUAUGUCCUAGCCAGAACUUGGGACAUACUCUACCCAAAGUGAUGUGUUGUUUAUCCGAGGUUCAAGUGUAACUGGCCAUCCUGUGUUUUAUCUGCCACCCCUAGUCUAUGACCACUUCUCCCCUCUCCCCCCUCAGUCCCAGAGACUGGUCACCAAGGAUCUUGCUGCUUUUCGAGCUGCAAUAUGGAGAAGGGGACACUGUGACUUGAAGACACACGAAUAUAUUUUUUAAGUGACAACAAAACAAGAGACCCUUCUGAAGCCAUUUGAGCCUCAUCUGACCCCCUCCACAUGCAUUUAGUUACCUAUACAAGACGAUAGUGAUCUAUAAACAUAUGAACCGAGCCUUGUUUACUCAACAUGCAUGUCUCUUUCUGUAAAUAGCCGCAUGGCCAUGCUGAGAGUGCCCCCAGCCCCUGACCUCGGACCCACUUUACACAACUCGUUGAGGCUGCCCCUUUGAUUUUAUGUCACAUGAAGUCUUUGUCCCCAAGCCCCGCUCGGUCUUACCCCCUCGGGAAACCCCCAGUGGGAGCCAUCGGCUGGAGGAGUCAGUUUCCGCCUCCGGCGCCAGCCCUGCCUUCAGGGACGUGGGCGCACCGCUGGCGCCCUGAAGGCCCGUCCGUCCCCACUGCCUGCUGCACAUCCGUCUGCAGAGCUGACCCUCAGUGUCCCGUGCACUGUAUCCAGCCUGGUGUCUGGUGUCCCGGUCACUUCCAUGUCCUGUGUAUGUGUGUGGUGUGCCCCUUCCUCCCACUGUUUGAAUUAACUGAAAAGCCAUAAAGGGGCCCUCCUGCUGGAGACUGCCCUUGGUUCCUCCCAGGAGCCCCCCGUGUCCCUCUGACUGGCUCCCCACAGAACACUUGUGAAGGGCUCACCUGCUGUCACCCCUCCUGCUCUCUCUGCCCCACGUUGUGAGGACAGAUGGCGUCCAGGCGUUCUGGCAGGGCCCCAGGAGACGUCCCGCCUGGCCCUGCGCGAGCUGGCUCCCUCCACCUGGAUCUGACGGUCCAGCUCCAUCCCCACCCUGUGUGUGGACCGGGCAGCGGUGGGGACGCCCUAGCUUGGGGUACCUUUCCUGAGGGCACUGAGGAGGCGCCCAGGAUUUUCAGGAGCAGCUAGUCAGCGGCCCAGGUUCCCGUUCCCGUCUGGCUUUGACAGAACCAGCCCCGCUUAUGUAACACCGUGGGGUCAGGGUAUACGGGUGGCAGUGGAGGAGGGUCUCGGGGGGACACUGGAGAACGCCGUGGCUUAGGCUCUUCCCACCGUGCUCCCUCCUGCAGGCUGACAGAGAGCUCCCAAGGGCGGGCAGCCUGAGGGUUGCCAGGGCUCCCUCGAGAGUGGUGGGCAGCCCUGGCCCCCGCAGACCCUCCUGCCGGCUCCCCCAGGGCAGCCCCAGCCAGGAGCACCCAGUGGUAAGAGAGCGUGGGGGUGGACUGGGGACUCCCUGGGUCCCAAAUCACUGUGUUGUACCGAGAGGGACACGUAGCUCCCAGCCUGCAGCUCAGACAACUCGCGGGAAUGAUGCCAGGAGGCCUCAGGCAUGGCGACUGGUAAGCGUGAGGAAGGACAGAGACGAGAACAGGAGGGGGACGAGGCCAAAGGCUGCGAGGUGGCUCUGUCACGACGCUCGAGCACACAGAACCCCGGGGAUCUUCGCGCUGGGCACCAUCUCCGGGUGGGCUGGGGCCAGGAGCUUGGAGGAGUGGAGGGAAGACGUGUCCAGCCUCUUUCUAGCUCUCUCUGGGACCCUCCCACUCUCCACACCCCCAACGCAGGCAAGAGUUGAAGGGAUCUGGCCUCGUGAGGUGGCAGAGCGGUGUGUGUGGGGUUGGGGGGUUGUCUCUCCAUCCAGCCCUCCUCAGCCAUCGGGACUCGAGGACGACCCUCUUCAAAGGAGCCUGGCGGUUCUGCCCUGACUCCUCCACAUCUAAGGACUGGAUUUGCUGCGUCCUGAAAUCCCAGGGAUCUGAAAAGUUCACAACCAGGGUGGGCAGACCCUCGCCUGCCCCAGGUCACUCCUGGAAUGCAUCGGCCCCACCAGGAACCCUGCCUUUGUCUUCACAGGAAGGACACAUGUAUAGCCCUUGCCCCUUCCCCCGCCCUCCUCUGCUUGGCAAUGCUCUCCACACCCCCCCUUAUGUGGACUCUGUUGUUCCUGUCUGAUCUCUUGUCAAAUGGUUAUUUUGUAAUGAGCUGCGUCUCCUUAUUAAAGAAAUGAGCUGAAA